CCUCCUUUUCAAGUGAUAGUAGUGCAGCAGCAGCAUGAGGAGGAGGAAACUGAACAAGUAUUCUUGUUGCUUAAGUUAUGCAAGGACGUUGCUUACGUUAUGCAAAGACGAUGAUAAUAUCGGUGAUGAGGAAAGCAGUAGCUGCUCUCUUGUUGGUGUCCAGGACAUCAUUUUUCCUCACUCUUUUAUUCAAAAGGUCCAGAAAGGCCAUCAUUUAUUUCGAUACAAGUUGCUAGGUAUUUCAUGGUAUGCCGAACCAUCUGAGCUCCAACGAUUACCCCUGGGGCGUGACCUUGAUUUGAAGCAUAUUGUGCGGAAUGAAUCAGUUGCCCUGUUUGCUCUUUUCUUUGAGAAUCAUCAGAAUUAUAGAUAUCCUAAACCUGACUUAUAUGAAAUGUGGGUGACGGAUGACGACUCUAACGGUGCUUGGACAAAACAGUUAACUAUUGAUGAGCGCACAGAGUGCCCUCCCGAGAUGUUCCCACAAACAUAUCACAUAUUUUCUUCUAGGCCUGUGGCAUUGUGGAGUGAUGAGUUUCUUAUGGUUCACAGUGAUGAACGCUCAGUUUGCUUUAAUCUUUGUACUACAAAGCUUACGUAUAUUCCCAUUGAAACAUUAGGUGAGUUUGUUGGUUAUGUGAAUAGCAGAGUUUCUGUCAUGGGACGCAACCACAAGCCUGAGAGCAUGGAGAAUAAUUGCUCAGACAAAGAUGAAGAUGCGAUGGUGGUGGUAGACGGGAAGAGGGAAAGCUGCAGGAGGCGGUACACAUAUUCCGUUUCGGCCAUUCAACCGGCUGAUGUUUCCCAUAGAAUCAAGAAGGUGAUGGAGGGCCUCCGGGCAGAGUUUGGUGCAUGUCCCUGUAAACAGUUCUAUGACAUAUUUAAGCCUCCUCUACUGGAAGUCGAUGGAUGCAGGUUCUAUGCCAUAUGUCAGAAACAAGUUUUUCUUGCAAAUCAACCAGACCAUGUUUACACGUAGUGUCGCAAACGUUGGCAAGGAAACUUUUGAAUUCAAACUUAAAAUGAAUUUGAUUAUAAAUGGUUUUGGCAGCUGUUGUUUUACCCAACUCGCUCAUCCCCCAAAUUACAAUCAUGACAACGUCAUUUGAUCCACCACUUGAAAGAUGAUUGAUAAAAUCAUCGUGGAGGAUUUUCGAGGAAUUCGAGUAGUCGACCGCUUUUGAAACUUGGACUCACGGACGGCCACAGUGAGGUAGCAGCUGUGGAGUACUCCUGACGACGUCGUUCCAGGAACUAAGGUACUUUCUGAUACUUGAUGCUUGCUCAAUGCUCGGCUAAAUAAGUUAGAGAUUUCUUUGAUUGAUCACUUUUUGGAUUUUGAAUAUGUUCAGUUUAGUAUUCAAACGAGUUUAUCGACUGCAAAGGUAGUGGAAAAGAUAAUUCAAACCUUAUGCCAAAAAUGUCAGGGCAAGUCGAGAUUAAUGAAAAGCUUUCGUGGAUUUUCUAACCUUAAAAGUGAAUUCCUGAAAUACGUGGUGGAAGCAGGGCAUG